CAACUGUUUGUAAAUAAAGCAGCAUGGCGGCGUCGAGGUGCUGGCUGGCCUGUCUUAGCAACUUACACCCUCCAUUACUACUGCCACACGACGCCCCAAGAGUCAUCGGCCGGUCCAGGGAGACGAGAAUUAAGUCCAAGCGGUGUUCAAAGUCCCAAGUUCUUCCUUUCAGUUGAGCUGUUAGCAGAUUAUUCCUCCUUCACCAUCACUGCACGACAGCUUGGCCCUAACAGCAGUGUGGUCAAUGGUCAGUGCCUCAGCUAUGGUUCAUCAGCCAAACUGAAGCAUAACGACAUUAUUGAAAUAGUUUCAGGAGAGUAUCAGCACAGGGUAGAGUUUGAACCACCUCCAAGCAGCAACGGUGAUCCUGACACCAAACCCUCAGAACAAGACCCAACAACCAUGCCACGAGGGAACACCAAGAGGACCAUCACAGACUACCUCCCUAGUCCUAAAAGAGUCAAAACUACAGGAACGAAUGAAGGUGAUGGAUGGGAAAAGUCCAGCGAUGGGGAUUUGUUAGUUUAUCAGAAAAAUCUCAAGGGAAGUGAAAAGAUUGCCGGCUAUGACAUGGAUGGCACCUUGAUCACCACCAAGUCAGGAAAGGUAUUCCCUACUGAUUAUAAUGAUUGGAAGAUUUUGUUCAGUGAAAUACCUGGCAAACUCAAGAAGCUCCAUGCGUCUGGUUAUAAAAUAAUUAUCUUCACCAAUCAGGCAGGAAUUGCCAGUGGGAAACACACGGUGGAAGGAGUUCAGAAGAAGAUAAGUGCCAUCAUUGGCAUGUUAGGAGUUCCCAUUCAAGUUUUUGUGUCCACUGGAAAGGGUCCAUACCGGAAACCUGCACUAGGCAUGUGGGAAUUUCUGCAGAAGGAAGCUAAUGGAGGCGUGGAGAUAGACUUGGCUGAGAGCAUGUACAUUGGGGACGCUGCUGGCAGGCCGGCUGUGGGCAAGAAGAAGAAAGAUUUCUCCUUUUCUGAUCGCCUCUUUGCUCUCAAUGUUGGGGUCAAGUUUUUUACACCAGAGGAACAUUUCUUGGAUGCAAAAAUCCAGGACUUCAACAUGCCAGACUUUGAUCCUCACCAAGUUGAUGCCUCACUGCCACUCUAUGAGCCUUCAGACACUCUGGUGCCUAAACACAAACUUGAAGUGGUAAUGAUGGUUGGGUUUCCUGGGUCAGGCAAAAGCUUCUUCUGCUCCUCACACCUGGAACCCCUCGGCUACGUCACCGCCAACCGAGACACUAUUGGCUCAUGGCAGAAGUGUUUAGCACUCAUGGAGAAGUCUUUGAAGGAGGGGAAGCAUGUGGUGGUGGACAACACCCACCCUGACAAGGAGUCUCGCCAGCGCUACAUAGAGGUGGCCAAGAAGCUCGGCGCCUCGGUCAGGUGCUUCAUCCUCAACGUCUCCAAGGAUCACGCUCGCCACAACAACAAGUAUCGAGAAUUUAAAGGGGAAGACCACACUAAAGUUGGUGAAAUGAUCUUCAAUAUGUACAAGUCAAAGUAUGUGGAACCAAGUCUGGAGGAAGGGUUUUCUGACAUUGUGAAGGUAAACUUCAUCCCAGAAUUCAAGAAAAACAAGGAUGAGAAAUUGUACAGAAUGUUUUUGCUGGAAAAAUAAGAUUCGUGUGGCUUGAUCAGGUGACUUUGUUGUGGUUGCAGUGGAGUGAUGUAAUUAUCUUUUAUUUUGUAUAUACUGUGUGAAUGUCAUUGCAUGCUAAAUGAAAAAUAAUUAAUUUAUUUCAACAUUUUAGAAGAUUGGAGUGAGUGAAAAAUCAUUUAUAUUCUUGCUACCACUGCAGCAUUUUGUGCCUUUUUUAUUGUUUUCAUUAUGUAUACAUUUUUUACAAAUCUGAGAUUAUUCAAUAAGUUACAAAUAUGAAAAUAGUCUUUUAAUCUAUGCCAUUAUUGAGCAAUACAUACAACACCUAAGGGUUACCCAGUGGAGCAUUAAACAGUGUGAAUGGUCUUUCUUAAAAGUCUUAUGAUAAAUAUUUAACUGGAAAUGCUCCACCGACUCUAACAUUAACAGAUGAACUUAUGAGAUCACGUGUUGAGGGGCCACACCGGCCGCCCACACCCACAGCCACACCCUCGUCCUGGUGAGGCUGCUUUUACUCUGUCCACCUCACCUCUUGAGAUGAACAGUUGCCCAUACAAAAUGUUAUAAAUAAAAGAAUGUUGAGCAAUAACUAAAAAUAAGACACUUCACACUUUAAAAUACAAAACUCAGCCCAAGAUAUCCAACACCCAAACCUUCCUAUCUGAAGUAUCACAUUCCAGGCAUUGCAAGUUGAAAGGUGAAUAUUGCAACUAGUCACAAGAAAGAUUAGCUAGUUCCUUGGCUUUUACUACAAGGUGCAACGUUGAGGUUUCUGACAUGUUACUGAUGAAAGAAUAAAUGUGAAAAUAUUUUACAUACCUCUGUGUUGAUACAUGCAUUAAAGGAAGGUAACAGCCUAAGAAAACAUGCAGAAAGAAACCACUGUUGGGAUCAUGUGGUAUGGGGAUGACUGUUUCCUAUUCACAACAGACAUCCCCAAGGGUUCUCUCAGGUACGCCUCCAUACCUGGGCUUGUCCCAUUCAAAACAAUUAAAGGUGGGAUCUAUUCACUUGCUUCAGUCACAAACUCUUUGGACAUCCACUUGGCCCCUCUACUAAGGGUUGUUCUAUAGAGACACUUCAAAAAGUAUAAUGAUUUCUGGUAAUCAAGCCACUUUCCAUAGAGAGGAAUUUGACAUUUAAAGAAUAUGCAACUUAGACCUCACCUGAGCCUUUUUGUAGAUACUUUUCUUAAUAUGAUGUUUGGUUACUUCACUGAUACCCUACAACUUCAUACAGUCCAAAUAGUGGCACAGGUGACUCAAAGUAAGUAAAUAUGUUUCCUCUUGCAUAUGUACAAGCAAUGUCAUGCACUUGAGCUGAAUGAGACCAUAUGUAGUAUUUCAUGACUGGCUCGAUUACACCAUUAAGCCCUUGACUGUGGAUUUCCUACAAGAAGACAUCACCAAGCUAAAGGAAUGGAACAAAAAAUGGCUGCUACAGCUCAAUGAAGAACAAGUGUUAAUAGCACAAAAACUGUGCUAGAUCGGCACCGCAUGACCCUCCAACACACUCCCAACGAUUUAUAUUAUGCAACUAGGGGUCUAAAAUGGAAAAUGCUGAAAAGUAAAGAUGGCGCCACUAUAAACACUUGCCCGCACCACAACGGACUGGGGCCGACCAUCAGGCCCUACUAUGAAGACCUACUGGCACCACAGGCCAAGACGUAAAAAAAUAAA